UGACAUCAGCGACGGAAGACCGCACUCCGACGGCUGGGAAACACAGGCUCUCCACGAACGUGUUGUGCCCUGUUAUGAUCGUUAUAUCAUCCACGCGCACCCUCGCGGCUCGUCUCUUUACCUCCUCCUAUCGAUCCAUCCCCCGUCGAGCCUUUACCAUGUCCACGUCGACAGAACGUCCCCCAUUCAAGCAGGCUCCCCACAAGCUCCUGGUGAUCCCGGGCCCCAUCGAGGUCGCCGAUGAAGUCCUCUACGCGAAUGCCCACCCUUCCAUGUCCCAUGUCUCCCCCGACUUCAUCCCCGUCUUCGGUGACUCGAUCCGCAUGGUUCGGGAGGUGCUCUUCACAAAAGACGCCCAGCCUUUCCUCAUCAGCGGGAGUGGUACGCUCGGAUGGGACCAGGUCGCGGCCAACCUCGUCGAGCCAGGUGAAGAAGCUCUCGUCCUCCACAGCGGUUACUUCGGAGAUAGCUUUGCCGAAUGGCUCGAAACGUAUGGCGCUUCCGUGACCCAAAUAAAGGCGCCCAUCGGGGGCACAGUGCCAUUCGAAAGCAUUGCGGCCGCCCUUCAAGAAAAGAAGUAUAAAAUCCUCACCUUCACCCAUGUCGACACGUCGACAGGCGUUCUCUCCGACGCAGCGCGCAUCGCAGAGACUGUGCAUCGCGUCUCGCCAGACACUCUUGUUGUGAUGGACGCCGUCUGUUCUGUUGCCUCGGAGGAGAUCCGCUUCGACGAUUGGGGCCUGGACGUCGUGCUUACGGCGAGCCAAAAAGGCCUCGGCGCACCACCGGGCCUGAGCAUCCUCGCGGCAAGCCAAAAAGCGAUCGGUGUGUGGGAGGAGAGGAAAAAGCGUGGUGUGCGAGAGGGGAGCUACUACGCAAGCUGGGGAAAGUGGCUGCCGAUCAUGAAGGCCUACGAAUCCGGUUCCGCCGCGUACUUCGCCACACCACCCGUCAACCUUAUCUACGCCUUCCACGCCUCCCUCUCCCUUAUCCUCGCAUGCACAUCCCCCUCCCUACCCUCAAUCACCAAACGUUUCGAGCUGCAUCGGGCAGCUUCGCAGCGCAUCAAAUCAGCAGCAUCUUCUCUUGGCCUCUCGCAGGUACCCCUCGCCGCUGGCGAGGCCGCCAACGGUAUGACGGCGCUGUACUUCCCCGAGGGCGUUGGAGCAAGCGACCUCCUACCCCGGCUGGUGGGCAAGGGCGUCGUCGUUGCUGGCGGCCUGCAUAAAGAUAUCAAGGAUAAGUACUUCAGGAUUGGUCAUAUGGGCGUGUCGGUCGUGGACGAGGAGAGGGGCGAUGUAGAUACGAUCAUAAAGGCUCUUGGGGAUUCAUUGGCGGAGAUACAAGAGGCGAAGGGCGCGAAAGCAUGAU